CGUGAAGGUUCAGUAGGUUGUUAUGUUCACACGUGGUUACUGUGUUGUUUAUGUUAUACUUGUUUAGUUUCAAUAAUGUCUAAUUUUUUCAUCAGAAAACCGAGCAAUAAACCAAAUGGGGUUUUAAAACGAAAAGCUAACAAACCAAAGGUUCAUUACCCCAAAAAGGUAAAGAAGAGUCUUCCGAAGUUUCCACGGCAGUCAGAUGAUGAGGAGAUCCCUAGUGAUGAUGAAGAAGUUCAUUAUAAAGACCUUGGAAAAGAAUCUGAAGAAGAACUUUUAACGGCAUCGGAAAAAAAGUCUCAACUUGCUAAAUCAUAUUUUAAAGAAAUUGAAGAAAAGGAGAAUAAGAAGUUAGAAAAUGAUGAAGCAGUGGAUGAAGGUGUGCUGGAUCGACUUAAAGUAGAUGUACUUAUUGAGGCAGGCAAAUUCAAGAAGAAAGUCUUGGGAAAUUUUAAUAAGGAAAUUAGUGAGGAAAACAUCAAAGUGUUAAAGUGUAAAGAGCAUAAGUUGGCAAUAACUGUUGUUAUAUUGUCAUCGGAUUGUAAACAUAUAUAUUCCGGUUCUAAAGAUGGUUACAUAGUUAAAUGGACUAUUGAUGGUUCUAAAGUUAAAUGUCUGCCUCCAAGACAUAAAGAUAAAUCUAAUGAAAAAUUGCACUCAUCUUCUAUUCUCUCGCUUGCUCUCUCUGAAAAUGAUAAAUAUUUGGCCUCAUCAGAUGAAGGUGCGGUCAUUCAAAUCUGGGAGGCGGAUACUUUUAAACAUUAUCAUAGCUUUUUAGGACAUAAAGCAUCUGUUACUGGCUUGGCAUUUUGUAAGAUAACCCAAAAUUUAUAUAGCUGUUCAAAAGAUAAGACUGUGAAAGUGUGGAGCAUGAUUGAAAAAGCAUAUAUAGAAACAUUGUUUGGUCAUCAUGAAUGCAUUACAGGCAUCGAUGUUUUAUGCAAAGGUAGGGCAGUAACGUCAGGUGGUACCGAUAGCACAUGCAGGGUUUGGAAGAUCGAAGAGGAGACUCAAUUAAUUUAUAACGGUAAUACUAGGAGUAUCGAUUCAGUUAGAAGACUUGAUGAUGCUCAUUUUGUUUCUUGUAGCGAAGAUGGUUCUUUAUAUUUAUGGGCAACCUCAAAGAAAAAACCUUUAGUAAAGGUAGAAGCCGCUCAUUCACUCGAUCCUGUGACAGGUGAGCCUUAUUGGAUAUCGAGUAUUGCUUGUAUACCAAAUUCAGAAGUAUUUGCCUCUGGAUCAAAUGAUGGGAAAGUUAGAUUUUGGAACUGUGCUGAUAAUUAUCGAAAUUUUACAGAGUUUUAUUCAAUCCCUGUAAAAGGGUUCAUUAAUUCAAUGGUUUUUAGUUCUGAUAAUAAUUACCUUGUGUUGGGUAUCGGACAAGAACAUAAAUUGGGCCGUUGGUCCAAAGUGAAGGAAGCAAAAAACUGUAUAGUAGUUGUAAAUAAUUUGAUGAUUGAUACUUCAUGAAUAAUUUUUAAAUUGUUAUGAGUUUUUUUGAUCUGGCUGUUUUCAUUUGUACCAUUUAAUUAUCAUAAAAACUGUUUAUGAUAUAAUAUAUUUUUAUAAGGUAUCAUUUACCUUUUUUACUUUUUAUUUUAAGUAUUAUGGAGAUAAAUUUUCGGUAUCAUCAAACUUUAACAGAAUGUUAUGCAGUGUUUUAAAAAUGUACUCAAUUCAUUUAUACCUGUUGAAGUUUAAGUCUAAAUCACUUCUGUUUCAAAAAAGGUAUCCAUGUUCGGAUAAAAUGUAUAUUUGUAACAGAGGAAUAAUUUUAAAACCUUUUUUUCUAUAUUAAUUAGAAAUAUUUUUAACAAUGAAUGUUAUUUUUCUCUUUAUUAUUGUUUUAUAAAUAUAAUUAAAAAUUUAUAUUGUAUUGAACAUGUACCUGAAAUCCGACCUGUUGUCUGAUUUCCUACUGUUUCAUUUAUUUUAAUUUUCUGUUUUCUUACUGAAGAUAGGAAAAUUACAGUAAUUAUUUUUUCUAAUGUCAGCUCAAC